UUUUCUCUCUUCGCGGCUAUUCUUUCACAACUACUCUCACUUACACACCCUCUCUUCCAACUGCAGAAGAGUAGAACAUGGCUGAAGCCUUGGUGGGUGGAGCAUUUCUAUCUGCAUCCCUUCAAGUGUUGUUUGAUCGGAUGGCUUCUCGCGAGUUCCUAAACUUCUUUUCAAAAAGAAAUCUUGAUGAUAGACUCGUAGACAAGAUGAAGAUAACCUUACUGGCCCUCAAAGCAGUGCUGAAUGAUGCAGAGGACAAACAGAUUACCAACCCAGAGGUGAAAGCUUGGCUUGACGAGCUCCAACAUGCUGUCUACCGUGCUGAGGAUUUACUGGACGAGAUUGCUACCAAUGCCUUGAAAGCCGAGUUGGAAGCCGAGUCCCAGAGCAGCACAAAUCAGGUUGGUUUCAAUCGAUUUAUCCAUCUAAUGAAGAAAUUUCUAGUACGGAUUAAUUGUUUCGUCUCUACUACUAUUUAUCUAUCUAAUGAAGCCAUAGAGUCCAGGAUAAAAGAGGUCAUCGUUGACUUGGAAUAUUUUGUAACACAAAAAGAUAUCCAUGGUUUGAGGGAAGAUGUUGGAAGGAAACAGUUGAAAAGGCUUCCAACGACUUGUCUGGUGGAUGAAUCUGGUGUAUAUGGUAGGGAUAAGGACAAAGAGAAAAUAAUUGAUUUGCUAUUGUCUGAUGAAUUCAUUAGCAAUGAAAUCCCUGUAAUCCCCAUUGUGGGAAUGGGUGGGGUGGGCAAGACCACCCUUGCUCAACUUGUAUACAACGAUGUUGAAGUGGAUCAGAAUUUCGAUAUGAAAGCAUGGGUUUGUGUCUGUGAUGAAUUUGAUGUUUCUAUGAUUACAAAGAAAAUUGUUGAGGCUGUUACCGCAUCGAGUGAUGACACAGACGACCUAAAUUUACUUCAAAUCAAGUUGAAAGAUAGUUUAAGUGGGAAGAAAUUUUUACUUGUUUUAGACGAUGUUUGGAAUGAAAAUUAUGAUGUCUGGGAUCUCUUGAGAAGACCUUUUAGAUCUGGGGCACCAAAAAGUAGAAUUAUCGUAACGACACGUCAUGAAAAUGUUGCAAAAGUCAUGCGCAGUGUUCCUAGUCAUCACAUAGAGCAAUUGUCAUUUGAGGAUAGCUGGUCAUUAUUUGCAAAGCAUGCAUUUCAAAAUGAAGAUUUUUCUGCAUAUCUAGACUUGGAGAUGAUUGGUAAAGAAAUUGUGAACAAGUGUAGAGUCUUGCCUUUAGCAGUGAAAUCACUUGGAGGUCUCUUACGAUCUGAACGGGAUAUUGAGGAAUGGAAAAGUAUUUUAGAAAGUGAGAUGUGGCAUCUGCAGAGCAACAUUCUUCCAGCUCUAAGAUUGAGUUACCAUUAUCUCACUUCACAUUUAAAGCGAUGCUUUGCAUAUUGUUCAAUGUUUCUUAAAGAUCACGAGUUUGAAAAGGAAGAAUUGGUCCAAUUAUGGAUGGCAGAAGGCUUUGUGCAGCGACCACCUAAAGGCAAUAAAUCAAUGGAAGAUGAAGGUAACAAUUACUUCUCUGAACUAAUAUCAAGGUCCUUUUUUCAGCGAUUAAGUGGCACCAAUUCCUCCUUUGUAAUGCAUGACCUAGUCCAUGAUUUAGCUGAAUUUGUAUCUGGAGAGUUCUGUUUUAAGUUAGAGAAUGAUCAUGGCAAGCCAGGUGAUCUCUCUAGAAAAGUCCGUCAUUUUUCAUAUGUUCGGGUCAAAUAUGAUGCAUUUGAGAAAUUCAAUUUUGACAAUAAGGCCAAGUAUUUACGGACUUUCAUAUCAUUUCCGCAACACAGAAGAUAUUUCCUAAGCAAAAAGGUCUUACAUGAUAUGUUACCAAGAUUGAGAUGCUUAAGGGUGUUAUCUUUAUGUGGUUAUCAGAUUUUUGAAUUGCCUCAAACAAUUGGCUAUUUGAUACAUUUACGCUAUUUGGAUCUCUCCAACACAAGACUCAAACUGUUGCCUGAUUCAAUUUUAACCUUGUGCAAUCUAGAAACAUUGAAUUUAUCAAGUUGUAGAGAUUUCGUCGAGUUGCCGACUAAUUUUGGGAAGCUGAUUAACUUGCACCGUCUGAAUGUUGCUUAUACUGGACUAACAAAGUUGCCUAUAGAUUUGGGGAAGCUAAUUAACUUGCACUAUCUUGAUACUACGGGAACUAUGUUAAGAGAAAUGCCAAUGCAGAUGAGCAGGCUCAUACGUCUCCGACACUUAACAGAUUUUGUAGUUGGCAAAGACAGUGGAUCAGGGAUCAGCGACUUGAAGACACUUUAUUGUCUUCGUGGGAAACUCUCCAUUUUGGAGCUGCAAAAUGUUACCAAUAGUAGGGAUGCACUGGAGGCCAAUUUUAAGGAUAAGCACCACCUUGAAGAGUUAAAAUUGAAGUGGAGUGGCAAUACUCAUGAUUCACAAAAUGAAAGUGAUGUACUUGACAAUCUAAAGCCUCAUACAAACUUGAAGUAUGUUACGAUCAAAGGCUUUGGAGGCAGAAGACUUCCAGAUUGGUUAGGUGAUCUGUCAUUUACUAAUAUAGUGUGUUUACAUCUUUCUAAUUGUGAAUACUGUGAUUCCUUGCCAUCACUUGGGCAUCUUUCAUCUCUAAAACACCUUUCCAUUUGUGGGAUGAAAGAAGUAAGGAAGGUGGGUGAGGAAUUCUAUGGGGAUGCUUCUCUGAUCAAACCAUUUCAAUCUUUGGAGAUAUUACGCUUCGAGAAUAUGGCAGAGUGGAAGGAAUGGCAUGCAUUUGGAGCUGGAGAGUUUUCUCUUCUUCUUGAACUUUCACUAGUUCGUUGCCCCAAUCUAACCGGGAAAUUACCCAGCCACUUUCCAUGUUUAAGGAAAAUCAGAAUUUCUGAAUGCCAACGACUGGAGUCUGAUCAAGUUGGGCUGUCGCUACAACAUCUCUCUUCUCUACAACAAUUGAAAUUUUCAAAAAUGUCAAACUUCAUGCAAUUAGCGUCAGAGCUGCAAAACCUGUCAUCUCUGCAGAAAUUGAAAAUUUCAAAUAUGUCAAACUUGACGCAGUUGUCACCGGAGUUGAAACAAUUGCAUUCUCUGCAGAAAUUGCUAAUUUUCAACAUGCCAUGCCUGAAGGAAUUGCCGCGGGAGUUGUGGAGACUAAUAAAUCUUGAAGAGUUGCGGAUAGACUCAUGCUCCAGACUCGUGUCAUUUCCAGACUUUGCAUUGCCGCCAAUGCUUAAAACUCUGAAGAUCAAAAAGUGUGAUGCUAUACAGUCCCUACCAGAGGGAAUCAUGCGCUUCAACACUUGCCUUGAGGAUUUAUCCAUCUCUGAUUGUUCAUCUCUGGUGUCUUUCCCCAUUGGUGGUGUACCUGACACAUUGAAAAAGAUAUCCAUCAUUUAUUGUGAGAAAUUGGAGUUUCCCAUAAUGUCUGAGGGCUCCAUAUCCAUUGAACAUUUGCAUAUAUACAAUAGCUGUGAUUCUCUCAAAUCUCUGUCAUUAAGUUUCUUCCCCAAACUUUGUUCUCUCAAUAUCUGGAGGUGUAAAAAUUUUGAAGCCCUUUCACUUCCAGAUGAGCUUCAAAAUCUGACAAAGAUUGAGAUCUACAACUGCGAGAAACUGAAGUUGCUGCCGCAGCGAAUGCACACCCACCUCCCAUCUCUUCAAUCAUUGGAGAUAUGGAACUGUCCAGAAGUUGAAUCCUUUCCAGACGGAGGAUUGCCUGCCAACAUUUGUAAACUUGAGAUUGUUAAUUGCAAGAAACUGAUGAAGUGCCGCAUGGAGUGGGGUUUGCAAAGACUUCCCUCUCUUGAAGAACUCACCAUCGCCGGUGAAUGUGAAGAACAUGUGUCGGGGCCAUUUCCGGAGGAGUGGCUAUUGCCCACCACUCUUACCUCUCUUCACUUCUGCCAUCUUCCAAAUUUGAAGUCUCUGAACCACAAGGGCCUUCAACACCUCACCUCUCUUCAAGCUCUAUACAUCUGUGAUUGCACUAACCUACUGUCCUUGCCUGAAGAGGGUCUGCCCAACUCCCUCUCCUUCCUGAAAAUAAUCGACUGUCCACUGCUGAAAGAACGUUACCAGGAGCAGAAAGGGAAAGAUUGGUCCACCAUUGCUCGAAUCCGUCACAUCAAGCUCGACUUUGAAGACAUUUUAAACUUUUGACUCAAACUCAUUCUCACAUUCGAUCCUUCUGGUUUUUAUUCAGGCUGGAAAACCCUGAAUUCCAGUCAGCGGUGUGGGCUUUUUGGACCACUGGCAUUGAUGACAGAAUCAUUGUUGAAGUGCAUGCCCAGAUCAAUCUGUCGCUUUUCUCAAUUAUCAACCCUCAUAUUGCACAGAAAUCUCAUUCUUCAUCAGACUCCUCUUCUGUUGCAGCAAAGUAUCCUUUGCCUCUGUUCUGAUUCUCGGAAACAAUAGGGAAGUGAAAUGCAAAUGUAAAAGGAAAGGAAAGGAAAGGAAUGAUAUCUUUACAGGCAAGCCCAGCAGUAUCCAAUCACUGUUGAUCACAAACAUUUUGGGCGAGUUCUCACCAGGAUUAAAAGAAAAGGAAUGGUAUCUUCCACCUUAACACCGUUGUGGGUACAGCAGCAACAUUAAUCUCUGGUCAAUGAAUUUCUCUGAGGGCGGCGCCUGGUUCAGCAGUAAAAUGCUUGAGCAUCGGUUUUCUGACGCAAGUUCGAGCUUCAGAGCAGUCACUGUAGAAAAUACAAAAGGUUAUGUCUGUCUUAAGUCCUCCCUCCCAAGGACCCUGCAUUGGUGGGACCAAAACUGGACUUCCUAAGCUAUGGGACACGCAUCAAUUCGCUUUGGGUUUUACAAGGCAAGAAAAUCCUCUAUGUUUCACUAGUUGCGCUAUUCAUGCAUGCUAGAAGGGAACUAAAGCACAAUUCACGUCGGGUGCAGCAUCUGUUCAAAAGAAAUGCAAACUUCUAUUUGCAUCAAUUUUGGUUAUUAUUCACUACAAUAUGGCCAACUAGCUUAGAGACAUGUGAGUGUGACUGGAUUCUGAUGAUGGGAUCCUUGUCGAAUAAGAGAGGCACUGAUCCUUAGGGACAUAUGGAUGCAAGUGCAAGUGGAUACUGGUGCCUGAAGACUGAUGCUGAAGCACAAAAUCAUGGAACCUCUUUGGAAUGUGAUUGGCUGUCCAAUCCCCUCAUUUGCUUAUUGUGAUAUGGGAUCAAGGUUGAUUAGAUGUACUGUUGGUGAUGGCAACUCCUAAGCCAUGGGAAGCAUUGCUGGUUUGGACCCAUGUUGAAUGGCUGAAUUCAGUUAGCAUUUCUUAAUUUCCUUUGGUAAUGAAUUUUUGCCAUGGCAUUGGAGAGACUAUGAUGUCAACUUGUUUCUAUUCAACAUCAAGACCUGCAUGAAUUUUUUGCCACCUUUAUUUUAAUUCUUCUUAUUAUCAAAUUGGUCUGCAUAUUAUAUCCUUAGCACAGGGUGAUUUAUUGAUUUGUAUAUUAUAUCCCUAGGCAAAGUAGACUUGUAAUUCUACUUUGCAUCAGUUACUAAAUUACUACUACUUUUUUUUUCUAGUAAAUUAUCCUUAUGUUUGUAAACUAUGUGUGGUUGUCAAAAACAGACUUUUCGAUCUACAGGACAGAUACCUGUUAUUGCCUUAGGGUCUUGUGAAGCCAUAAUCCCUGAAUUUUUUAUUUUUUGGCAGUAUAUAUUCAUGCUAUAAAGGAACCAAAACUAGGUUCAUGUGCCUUUGGAGCUCACUUGGACCUAUUAAAUACUAUGACAAGGUAGGCAAAAUUAAGUAGCAUCGGUUCAAAAUGCAUGCAGACUCUUGUUUGCAUCAAUUUUGGUGCACACUCGACUACAAUGUGGCAAGUAGCUUAGAUUGGUCUGGUUUGCUUUUUGGGUCAUUGUUUAAUUCAGUGGUAGAAACUUGGCCUAACAAGCCUUGAACAUGUGAUUUCAAGUAGGAGAGCAUUCACUUCGUGCAAAACUAUAUCAAAUAUUAAGUCUUAUCUCUGGUUUUCCUCUACGAGUAUUUAAUGAUAUUUUUUAAUAAAAAAAUUUGAAAAGUGACUCAGACCAUGUUCUAAAAAGAUCAAAACAAAGACAACCUAGAAACUUUCUGAACGCUCUGCUUAUUCUCUUUCUUCCUUUGCACCCAUCUCUACAGCAGAUCGGCCUCAAUUAAUCUGCUUUACCAAUCCAAUAAAAUGCUAAAAUUGCCCCUCUGGUUUGAAUUUAGUAGUGAAUAUGCAUUUCAUCAAAUUUUCCACUGUAUAUAACACUUUGUGUGUGUAUUUUUGUAUCAAUUUGAUAAGAUUAUAUAUAUCAACCGCUUGAUGUGAAAACUGCUGCUUCUCAUGAGCCCUUAACAAAUGCUUUUGGGCUCUCUCAAAGAAAUUUCUCUCAGGUAAAUCCAGCCUUUAGGACAAACAUACUCUGUUCACCUCUAUUUGAUAGAGUAACUUCUCGGUAGUUCAGAAAUUUCUUUACUGGACGAAAACAUGAUGGCAGGCUCUUAAAGAAGCUGAAGAUAGCAUUGCUGGCUCUUAAAGCAGUGAUGGAUGAUGCAGAGGUGAAGCAGUUUACCAACACAGCAGUGAACUGUUGGCUCGAUGAGCUCCAACAUACUGUCCACCAUGCUGAGGACUUGCUGAUGUGAUUGCUACUAGGGCCUCGUAAAGCAAGUUGGAGGCAGAGUCCGAGUCCAGCAAAAUUCAGAGAAAUUUUUUGAGGCUCUUAGCACAUCGGUCAAUACAUCAAUGACCUAAAUCAACUUCAGAUCAUGUUGAAAGAAAGCCUAACUGGAAAGAAAUUUCUUCUAGUUCUGGAUGCUGUUUGAAAUGAAAAUUACAAUGGAUUGGGACCUCCUAAGAAGACCUUUUAGAGCUGGAGCACAUACAAGUAAGAUUGUCAUAACAACACGAAUCCAUAAUGUUGUGUCUGUCACUGUUCCUAGUCAUCGCUUAGAGCAAUUGUCAGUUGAUGAUUGUUGGUCAUUUGUUUGUAAAGCAUGCAUCUGUAAAUGGAGAUUAUGCAGACCUAGAGAUGAUUGGUAAAGAAAUUGUGGAGAAGUGUAAAGGCUUGCAUAUUAUAUAUAUUGAUAGAACAAAUUGUCAGUACAUUCACUGGAAAAUAGGAGACAAUAUUGUAAUUACAAUUGAUACAUUCAACCUUACAACAAUCUGUCUAAUGUGAUUAAUUAUUCUGUUGAAGCUACAAA